AGAGACCUCCCUCUGUGUGGUUUCUCGUAGAGCCUGUGUUGCCCUGGGCCAGACGGCCCGCAGGGCGUAAAUAACUGCUGCGACCGCUCGAGGUUCGGAUCCACUCUGAUGCUGUCCCAGCAGUCGCUCCUAUGGGCGCGAAAUGGACUCCAGUAUCAAGGAGGAAGUUCCUGUGCAUGAAGAAUUCAUUUUAUGUUGUGGAGUUGAAACCCAGGUUCUAAAAUGUGGGCCCUGGACUAACCUCUUCAAUGAGCAGAGAGCCAACAGGCCUAAGCUGCUUAUUUUUAUUAUUACAGGUAAUCCAGGUUUUUGUUCCUUUUAUGUACCAUUUGCAAAGACUCUGUACUCCUUAACAAACAGACGCUUUCCAAUUUGGGUUAUCAGUCAUGCUGGACAUGCUUUGGCGCCCAAAGACAAGAAGAUUCUUACAACCUCAGACGAUUCAAAUGCUCAAGAAAUCAAAGACAUCUAUGGACUACAAGGUCAAGUGGAACACAAGCUGGCUUUCUUGAGAACUCAUGUGCCAAAGGAAAUGAAACUUGUGGUCAUUGGCCAUUCAAUAGGCUGCUAUAUUUCCCUUGAGAUUUUGAAGCUUGCUCCUGAACUGCCAAUAAUUCGCUCCUUUCUGCUUUUUCCAACAAUCGAGCGACUAUCUGAGUCACCAAACGGCAGGAUCGCCACUCCACUUCUGUGCUGGCUUCGAUAUGCUCUCUAUGUUUUUGGCUACCUUUUACUUAAACCAUGGCCUGAGAAAAUCAGGUCCCUGAUAACAAGAAUUGGCCUUCAAAUGAUGAACGUGCAGUACGAAUUUUCGGUCCUGAAUAUAUUGGAACCAUUCUGCCUUGCUAAUGCUGUCUACCUUGGAGGCCAAGAAAUGAUGAAAGUGGUGGAGAGAGACAACGAAACCAUAAGGGCACAUUUAUCUAAGCUUACAUUUUACUAUGGUACUAUGGAUGCUUGGUGUCCAACAAAAUACUAUGAAGACAUCAAGAAAGAUUUUCCAGAAGGAGAUAUUCGACUCUGCGAGAAAAAAUUACCUCAUGCUUUUAUCAUCCAUUUUUACGGAGAAAUGGCUGGCAUGAUAGCUGACUGGCUAAAGGAUGAUCUGUCCAAAAUAGAAGCCCUGACACAUGGAAGCGUCACUGACAGCUAGUACAUAGCAGUGGUAGGUGUGCUGUCUCUUAGUAGUUAGUAGUGUACUUAGUAGGUAAGUGUCCGGUGUUAAUGUCUGAUACUAGAAGACGUGGCUUGCUGUCAGCUCCGAGCUAGCUCCCCAUACUACAGACUGAAGUAAGCCCAGUUGGUGAAAAAUGCCAUAGGCUUAAUAGAAACAUUCUCCAAGACUCAGGGAACACAGUGAUCAGUGAUCUAAACAAGACCUUUUCUGUUUGCACAGGAUACCCAGUUGGCACUAUGCAGUUUAUUCAAGUGGGCAGGAUCCUUGCAGACAGAAGGAGGUCUAAAUUCAGUUGGUUUUAAUUGAGUUACCUUGUAGAACAGGCUCUCCUAGAGGAAAUUACAAAAAUGUAAAAGAGAUCAGUGAAUGCUAAGUGUAUAGUCAGGAAUGUACGUGUAUGUGAUCAUGAGGACGCACAUUCCAAUAGCAGGAAGUGAUGACUAGUGGGUCUUGGCAGUGGACCUGGGUCUCCCUUAAGGACAGGAGCUAGAGAUCAGCCCGGACUAACUUUGUACAGGUCCUGGCUGAGCUCAUCAGAAUCAGACUGGAUGCCAGGCCAGCCUGCAGGACCUCCCCUCACCCCCCGCUCCGACCUGUUACUACCUUGCGUUGGGUCACAGGCCCCCAGCGGGGCCAACAUCAGGGGAGGUACUGCUUGUCUCCAUCUCUAAAAAGCUUCUCUGAGGAGUGAGACUUCCUGAUCUUCCUGCAUUACACAGAGAAUAAAGUUCACCAGACAUUCCACUGGUGAAGGAACCAGGAAGAGCUGUUGAAGGAUCCUGACUGUGCCUCCUGCCGCAAGACAGCCAGCAAGCUCUGUGCUGAGCCUGCCAGGUUGUGAGCUCGCUGCAGGCUCCUCUUCUGCAGGCCCCAGAUGGGGAGGCCCUGGGUUGUCCAAAGCCGGUCUGUACCUGCCUUGUGGACUUGCCCCUUCUGUGUUUUUUCCAAUAAAACUACACUGAGGGCCAGCUAUGAGCUAAGUACUGUGCUAGGCAUUGAGGAUAGAGUUCUUAGCUAUGCCAUGAUUCUUUUCUUCUGCAAAUCGUCCAGUAAGUAAUUUUUGAGAGGGCAUCUUUCAAUUGCUGAAUAGAGAAGGACCAUAAAUGAGUUCUACAUUUCUGCCUUGGCUUUGUGAGUUGGAAAGAAGUUAUUUUACUAAUGAACCAAAACAAUCCAUUAAAUUAUGUGAAUUCACCUUCUCUGGAUGCCUUGAGGACCAGUAGAGAAGAAGCUUGUUCUCCAGCCUGGAGCAGGCUCACAAUAUUUCUGCCUUCCCUAAAAUGACUCAAUCCUGGGAUCCUAGGAGCCAAUAAAUCCCACUGACAGCAGUAAUAGUUGACAGUUGAUCAAAAACAUUCAGUUUUUUUCCUAGAGGAGACCCCUCAUGGCGUUAUCAUUCCGAAAGAACAAUAGAAUGUUGUCCUUCCUUUCAAAGCUUAAAGCCCCCUGAUGAAAGCUUCAGCUCUGAUAUGCUGCCAACCCAGUGGUGAGGGUUGAACGAGUUACUGUCCCUUGGCAUGGCAUCUGCAUCAGAGCAAAUGACUUCUCAGAGGGGAAGAGCCAAGUGCUCCUGGCCCCGGAGAUAAACCAGGAGACACAGGCCACUGGCAUAGGGCUACACACGAAAUCCUGAUUGGCCGCUGUGUGGGUGGGCCUUCUGGAAAUCUGGUGUCAGAAGCUCCGAUUCACCGCUCCGAACUGCCUUGCACAUAGGAGAUGCUCAUAGUACUAACUUGAAACCCUUGACCAAGUCCUGGUGAAUCACACCUACUCAGAGAAUAAUAGCAUCGCCAGCUCUUCUUUCAGCAUUAGUUUGUAUUACUCUGUCCGAAUAUAUGACAUUGUGUCUUAUGGUGGUUUUUCAGAGCUUAAAUAAAUGAUGAAAAGUAGAA